AUGAAUUUCUCCAACUUGGAAGCCAAUUAUACCAUUUUCGUAAACUCUGAAGACACGGUGCCGGUCUGUUUCAAUAGGACUACGUUACACGGUUCCGCCCUUUGGUUAGAAAAUUCUAUAGAGAACACACUCCCAGCAUUUGGUCUGCAAUUUGCUAUUGUUCUAGCACUCAAUCGCAUUCUGCUCCUUGUUUCAGCGCUAUACCAUGUACCUCGUAUUGUUCCCAACAUUCUUACUGGUUUUUUAUUAGGUCCAUCUGUUAUGGGACGUUGGAAAGCUUUCGUGAGAAACGUAUUUCCAUUUGGCAACAUGGUGCCAUUAGAGACCAUGGGAACAUUGAGCCUUGUUUACUACAUGUUCUUGGUGGGUCUAGAGAUAGACUUCAAACCACUAACAAGGUUACGCAACAAGAAGGCCAUGCUUAUUGCCAUUGUUGGCAUAAUCUUCAGUAUACCAAUGGGGGGUGGCUUGUACUUCAUGCUUGUCACCGACAUGGGGCGUAAAAAUUUGUCUCAUCUCACCGAAAAACACGUAAAGGGGUCAUUGUUUUGGGGAAUUAUCCUUUCUUGCAGUUGUGAGUUUUCUGAAAUGGCAAAAAUCCUUUCAGACCUUAAGCUUUUGGUCACAGAAAAUGGACAACUAUCUCUAACAGCUUCUCUUACUAAUGACUUGUUUUCAUGGACACUGUGUGUUUUGGCUCUAACGGAAUUCUAUUACACUUCAGUACUAGCAUUAUUUAUCACCCUUGCGGUUGUGUUGGUUUGCUUUUUCGCAAUUAGUCCUCUUACUAAGUGGUUAUUCAACAAUGUUGGUACAGGGGACCGAGAGUUCCUUGAGUCACAAGUAAUAUUUUUGUUGCAUGUACUGUUGGUCAUUGGGCUUCUCACUGAUGGGUUGGGCAUGCAUUCCAUAGUGGGUGCUUUCUUUUUGGGUGUUGUGAUCCCUCAGGGGGCACUUAACAAUGCAAUUCAAGAUAAGGUGCUUGAUUUUGUGGCUAUGUUCAUGAUGCCUCUGUUCUUUCUGGCUGUUGGGGAGAGAAUUGAGAUCCAAAAAUUGGCUUUGGACACGCAUUGGAUAACCUUGGUGAUGGUUAUUGUGCUGGCCUUUGUGGCAAAGAUGGUGUGCACUUUCACGGUCGCUUGGUUUUACCAAAUGCCUUUCAUGGAAGGAGUGUCCCUUGCGUUGCUCAUGAAUAUUAAAGGAACAAUGCCAUUUAUCAUUCUUUGCACCGGCAGAGACAGACUCGAACUGGACAACCAAACCUUCGGGGUGAUGCUAAUCUCAUGCUGGCUAAUGACAAUUCCCGUGGGGCCAAUCUUAGCAUCCAUGAGAAAAACCAUCACAACAAAAAAGUGUUUAGGGAGCCAAAGAACCAUGCAAGGCACACAAACACAACCAGACUCACCCCUAAGAGUCUUAGCUUGCAUCCACACAAAACGCGAAGCAUACGUAAUCAUCAACCUCUUGAAAUCCUCAUGUCCCUCAGUUAGGACCCCAAUCCAAGUUCUUGCUCUUGAACUCAACAAAAUGACCAAUUGCCCCGCUUCUUCCCUCAUCAUAAGAGACGCUCGCAAACCCUCAUUUCCCUCCAAAUCCUCCAAACUCGACACUGAAGACACCCUCUCCUCCUUCGACAACCUUAACCAAGCCAUCUUUGCCGACAAAAUGAGAAUCAUUUCAGACUACAACUCCAUGCACAAAGACAUCUUAAACCUCGCACGUCAAAGAGGUGUAACCCUAAUCUUAACCACACUUUAUAAACAACCAACCUAUGAUGGCUUAGGAGCAGGUGUUGCGACUGCAAGAGCGGUUAAUAUUAUUAACCGUGACCGUGCAAGUAAAGAUGAGAAGAAAGUGGUGUUGGAGAAUCUUGCUAAGGAAGCGCCUUGUUGUUUGGCUAUACUUGUGGAUAGAGGAUUGAGUCAUAAACGUUCCAAGGAGAAACAUAUAGCUAUGUUUUAUGUUGCUGGGGAGGAUGAUCGUGAAGCUCUUUCUUAUGCUUGGAGGAUGAGUAGAAACACUGAGGUUAAGCUAACGGUGGUGAGGCUUGUUUGGGAGAACCCUAAUGAUGAGUUUGAUGAAACGGAUAAGGAGUUUAUUAAAGGGUUUGUGCAACAAACGGUGGACAUGCCUAGUGUGAGGUAUUUGGAAAAGGUAGUGAGGGAUGAAAAGGAAACGGUGAAGCUUUUGAAUAAGAUAGGGAACAAAGGGUUUGAUUUGUAUAUUGUUGGGAGAGGGCAUGGGAGGAAGAUGUCAUUGGCACAAACGGUGGAUCCUGUGCUGGAGGAGCCUGUGUUGGGGCCUCUUGGGGAUGCAUUGACGGAUUUGAAUUCUGCAGCUGAGACAUCUAUUUUGAUUUUUCAGAGAUAUGCUGAAGUUUGUGAUGAUUCUUCUAGUGGUGAGAAACAUGCAAGAUCUGCAUGUGCUAAUGCACAAGCACAGGUUUUUGACGGCAUGGUGGAGCAGCAGUUAUUGUACCCUCCAAUGAGGUAUCCGCCCAUGGUUUUGAAUCAGUAUGCUUGA